UCUAUCUCUUCGUCGUUGGCAACGGUGAGUACGGCUAUGGCAUCACCACCAAAACCUUGGGAGCGGGGCACAGCAGCAGCAGCCCCAGCAACAACCAUCGCUCCCGCAUCAUCGUCAACUACGACAAGUUUCUCUUCAGAACUACCUUCAGUGCCUGCACGUCCCUCAGCUCUCUCCAACUCAUCUACAUCUAACCUUGCACCUUACAACACCCCAUAUUCUCCGUACUCACGAUUUGGGUCCUCGCCAUACAGCUCAAGCAUGUACGGCGGCUAUAGCGGAGUGGGCAGUGGCUAUGGUACUGGGUACGGCGGCGGCUAUGGUACUGGGUACGGCAGCAGCUAUGGUGGAUAUGGCAUGAAUGGCAUGAACAGUAUGUAUGGCGCCAUGCCCGGAAUGCCCGGAAUGGGUGGAAUGGGUGGAAUGGGCAUGUAUCCUGGUAUGGAUCCCAACAAUAUUUCCCUUUCACAGACCCUCGAGACCACGACCCAACACACCUUCUCCCUCCUCCACUCCAUCGUCCAGACCUUCUCGGGCGUAGCACAAAUGCUCGAGUCCACAUUCAUGGCGACGCACAGCUCGUUUUUCGCAAUGGUCGGCGUCGUCGAGCAGUUCAGCCACCUCCGCAAUGCCUUGGGCAGUGUAUUGGGCCUCUUUGGUCUUAUACGGUGGAUGAAGGAGCUCAUUACCGGCCGGCCGAGUUCUACUAGCCUACAAGGUGAAUUCAGAGAGUUCAUUAGCGGAAAGCCCGUCCAGGGCCCCAUGGGUCCUCCUCCUAUCAAGCCCAGCCGAAAACCCAUCAUCAUAUUUUUCCUCGCUAUCUUUGGCGUUCCUUACGCCAUGACGAAGCUCAUAAAAAUUCUCAAUGAGCGUGCGAUGCAACAGCAACAAGCACAGAUCGGACCUGGUGGCCCGUUAGGUCCCCUCGAUCCGUCGACACUUACUUUUGCACGCGCACUAUAUCCAUUCACGCCUUCAUCUCCAUCAGAGCUUGCGCUGAAGGAGAAUGACAUCGUCGCUAUCAUGGGAAAGCUGGAUCCCAGCACUGGUGUGGAGGUAGAUCCACGGUUAGAGGUGGAGAGUGAGUGGUGGAAAGGUCGGACACGCGAGGGCCGUGAAGGCUGGUUCCCAAAGAAGUGGGUCGAGGUCCUCGAGCGGAGGAAACCUGCGGAAGAGGACAAGAAGGUAGUUUGAGUAUCAGAUUCUCAGUCCUGUCGCCGCUAUUUUUUUGAUUUCAAUCAUUGUUUUUUGAUUAUUGUAUCACAGAUAUACGAUGUACAUCAGCUUUAUCAUACUACUCGAAAACUAUGCGGUCUUGUAACUGAUAGCUUCAUGUAACGCCGUAGCUAUGUAACGCAUGGUCCGUUACUAAACCUGCCCUUACUCGCUCAGACACAGAA